AUGGAGGGAGGACAGGAAGAAGAAGAUUGAAAACACAGUGCUGAGGAAGGGGGUGAACAAGCUGAGUGCCAACUGGAUAUGGAGGCUUCUGGCAAAGUCCAACGUCUGUGGUGUUUCUAAGGAAACAACAGCAAAACUAAGUUCACAGAGCAGAAGCUGAACUUUGUGAGAGCUCGUCGCUGCAUUAAGGAGAUGAAACUACAGUCAGUGGAGCGCAAAUAAGAGGUAAACCUCACCUAGUUGGCACGGGCUGACCAAUGGAGGAUCAUAAGACCUCAUCUGACAUGACAGCCACCGGAAGCAGCUCUGUUAUCAUGGUAACAGACUCAGUGCUAACUGAGCUGGAGCAGAGUGCACAUUCAACCCUCCAGUUUGACAGUUACCUGAGGAACAGAGAGUUUGAGAGGUCAGAGAGGAGCCUGCUGCUACAGCUCUAUAAGCUAGCCUCUGCCUCCCACCUCCCCAGCAUGCAACACUCCCAGAGGCUGGACCAAAGACUCCACAUGCUCAGGGAGGAGGUCAGGACCAUGACCCAGGACAAGGAGCGAGAGGAGCGGGUUUGGAGGGAUCGCCUGCAGCGCUGUCAGAGGCAGCUGAAGGCCAAAGAGGAGGAGAUGAGUCGCCACUCCCAGUACUUUGAGAAUUAUAAAACACAACUCCAGCAAAAGCUCAGCCUGGCCCGGGACAGAGAGCAUAGCCUACAGAACAGGAUCUACACUUUAGAAAAACAGCUACUGGACAUGACUGUGAGUGCCGCCACUGGCAUGGCAACGAUCAGUGCAGUCAGAUUUACUGCCGAGGCUGUAACACACUGGGAAGAACAAGAUAGGUUGCCUCCCAUGAGAGGAGAGGGUGAAGGAGAGGAGGAGAGAAAGGAGGAGAGGAGGAGGCAAUGGCAGCCAAGUGUGGGAAUUGAGAGAGAAAGAGGGCGAGAAGGUGCAAAAGAGAUACAAGGGGGAAGAGUUAAAGACACAAAACAAAACUCAAAUGAAGCCAGACUGCAGGGCUUCAUCCUGAGCCUGCAGGAGGAUCUCAGGGUGCUGCUGGAGAGAGAGGAGGAUGGGAUGACCGAGCGGAAGGGACUGGUAGAGCAGCUCCAGGAGGCCCAGGAGAAUAGCCACUUCCUAGGCUGCAAGGUGGAGCAGAUGCAGGCAGAGGUGCACCAGCUGAAGCUGUCUGAAAACUCCUUGAUGGAGGAGGUUGAAGAGCUGAAAGAGGAGAACCACAGACUCCAGCAGAGUAUUACAGACGCAGCUAACCAAACAUCCACGGUGCCUGAGUCCGCAUGCCCGGGUCCUGGGUCUAACACUCUCUCAUAUACCACUGCCAUGGGACAUUCCUCAGUGGGGAGUUCUGCAGAGGAACAUCUUACAUCGGGCAAACCUCCUUCAUCUGCAGUUCCACCUGUUCACCACCAGGCCACAGCAGAGAGCAUGCAGAGUGACACAGAGGAUUACUCCUCAUCUGCCAUACUAGAAACUCCAUCUAAAAUCUUUCGCCACCUCCGUUCCAAAACCAACUCCAGCGUCCAGUCACUCUCCUUGACUACAGAGACAUUAGAUGAGUUUAAACUUGGAAACCGGCACUCCAAAGGGAUCGUAAACCUGGAGGAAAGCCCUAGUGAGGAAUCUGAUGCCCUGAGUGACGCCUACAGGAGCUUGGGGUUGGGGGAGGAUCUCGAAGCACUUCAAGAUCAACGUGACCGGCUGGAGGUCUCCCUGGAGCACAUACAGGAGAAGCUGCAGAGGAUGGCUCACGAGAAUGCACAACUGAAAUUACAACUCAGGAAUAAGGAAGAAGAAGCAGAGGUGGAGAAGGGGUCUUCAAGAGAAAAGAUUGGCACACUACCCACCAGUGUUCGAGCUGAAGAUAACACCAUUCUCGCCUUCGCCCAAGAUGAUCUUGUCCAGGCCUUGAAUCAGGAGAACCGGGCCUUGGCGGACCGGAUCCAGGAGCUUCUGGUUCAUAUGGAGCUCAGCGAUGAGGAGAACAAGAGGGAGCAAACACAGCUGAGGGAGCAUAUCUUCAAGCUGGAAGCAGACAGAGUCAGGCUGGAGCAGGACAACCAGGAACAAGAGUGUUUGAUUACCGAACUCACCAAGAAGACUGAGGAUGAUCUUAAUACCAUCAUGGAGCUACAGCAAAGGUUAGUGGAGAGUGAACAGCGUACAGAGGAAUCACAAGUUGGCAAGGAACUUGGUGGAUUUCAAUUAAAAAGUGAAUAUACAGCUGCAAUAUUGGGACAUUUUCAACAGAAGAACCUCGAAGAAUGUGGGGACAGUUUUGUGGAAAGUGGGCUAAAAGAGGAAAAACCACAGUUGGUGUACAGUAAACAAUCAGACGAUUUGAGUGCAGCUUCUGCACUUGGUUCUCAACAUGAUCAUUACUAUGAUCUGUUGCAGAAUAGCCUACAAAGUAGUCUACAUGUUAGUUCACUGACUGAUCAAGUGGGCCAGCUGACCAAGUCUAUCCAGAGUCUCAAAACAGAAGAAGAGGAACUAUCAGGCUGCAUUAAUGCUCUCAGGGUGCAGCAGAGAGAAGUAGCUCUUUCAGUCCAAACACAGACAGAAGUGAAACAGCAGUUAACUCGGGCCGUUUGGGGACUGAAGGAGGAGAAAGACAGCAUCUCUCAGUCUCUGAGUGGUCUCAAACAAGAGAAAGAGCAGCUUACCAGGACAGUCUGUGGGCUGAAGGAUGAGAGAGACCAGUUUAUAAGGUCUAUGUGUAGCCUGAAAGAGGAGAAAGAGUCUUUGUCUGGUCUCGAAAGAGAAAAAGAGAAACUGUUAGAAUCUCUCUCAAGUGGAAAAGAAGAGAGAGAUCAAAUCACGCAGUCACUGCACCAUUUACAGAACGAGAGUGACCAGUUAAGCCAGAUGGUGAUCCUUUUGAAACAAGAGAGAGACAAACUAACUGAUUCCCUCAAGUGUCUGAAGGAACAGAGAGACAAGGAACAUUCAUCUUACACUUCACAAGAAGACCGCGACAAGUUAGAAAAAUCAGUUAGCAGUUUGAGAGAAGAUGAAAAACGAAUUGAACAUUCAAUCAGUUGUUUGAAACAGGAAGAAAAGCAGAUAAAGCUGUUACUUAAAGGCUUAAGAGAAGAAAGAAACAGCCUCCAUGCGGCUCUGCCCAGCCAAACACAAACAGGGGGGAGGAAUCAGAAGCAGCAUCUGCUCAAUCCAAACAGUGCUGUUACGACAAAGAAGACUUUUGAUGGAACAGGAGCUGCACAAAGAUCUCAGACUCAUGACCACAGGGAAAGCUCUGCACAGGAGCAAAGUGAUCUGAUAAGGGAGAUUGAAGAUUUGAGGGCAGAACUAAAGAUGUCACGAGACCAACUGGACCAGAGCAACGUAGAUACCAAGAGGCUGCACAGUGAAUUGUGUCAAUCAGAAGUCAGGAGGGAGGAGGCAGAGAGAAAGUUGGUCCAAGCAGCUGAGAAGGCGGUGAGGCUUACAGAUGUAGCCAAUCAGAUGGAAGAAACCAGAAAGGAAAAUGACAGCCUCUUAAUGCAGGUGAAAGAGCUGCAGAGCAAACUGAAAGGUCUGGUCAGGGAGAAGACAGAUGCUUUGUCACUUAAGGAUCAAAUAGAGGAGCAAUACAACAUCCUUACAGCUCAGCUCAAGGCUAAGACUGUGGCUCUAGAAGAGCUAAACUCAGAGUAUAUUGCUCUAAAACGAGGACAGGGCAGCAAGGAUGAUCUGAGCGCUGUUCUCAUCUCACUCAGGACACGUUACAACGACAUCAGAGCUAAGUAUGAUGCACUCCUGAAAAAGAGAAGCCAGACGGAUCUGGAAAUAGCUCCUUUAAAGGCCAAGCUGUCUUGCCUGGUGGUCAAGUGUCAGGAGAGGAACAGCUUGUUGGUUCAGAUGAGGAAGGCCAUGCACAGACAAGGCAGUGUGGACUUUACACUCACACAGCAGGUUGAGCAGCUGCUCAGUGACGCUGCUCUACAGGACUACACUGCAGCAUUCACACCUUGGAGCAGCGGGAAGACCCAGGAUUACAGCACUGGGUUUACACCAGGAUUUAUUUCUAAAUUACAAGACUACACUAGUGGAUUCACACCUGAUCAGACAUGCUCUACUAUAUCCCCACUUGUAAAUCAGCAACACCAAAAUGGACUCACAUUUGAAUCUGGGGUAAACUGUAGAGAACAAAAAGGUGAAAAACACACAUCUUUAGUCAGAGCUGAAUCCACAACAAAUCUUCAAGACUGCAGUAGUGAAGGCACUCAUGCACCAACAGAAAAGAAUAACUCACCCGUGCCAACCUCAGUGCAUGAGCAUCCCCGUGUCCAAGGGACAUCGUCACGUGUUCCAGCACUGCAAGAGAGCUCCAUCACCAAUACAGCACAGCUCUCUGCCUCGGUCGGUGGACCAGAGAAAUUUGGAUGUCAUCACCACGAUAGGAAAAGAAAGUCCUCCCUUGAUCCGCCCAGUUUGACUCAAUCCUUACUGAGUCCGACUCCUCCCUCCUCCAGCACACCUGGCAGUCUAACCAGGAGGCUAAGUAGUCCUGAGAAGAUCAUCAAUCUACAUGAGCAACUACAGAAGACCCUAAUGAGCAGCUAUCAGGAUCCAGUGAACAGAGGAAGAGGACAGCAACCCAGGAAAAGUCUCUCAUUUUCAGCUCCUGCAGAACUGAGACCAGUCUCUCAGAUAAAGAAGGACGGCCUCAGUUCCAAUAUACUAUGUACCAACUCUCUCCCAGUCUCUUCUGCUGCUGCUGCUGAGAGCCAAGCUAAGCACACUCCAGCAGUGAUCACCACAAAUAAGUCAACAACACUUUUUAAUGCAGUCGCCUCUAGAUCUUCUAAUGUUGUAUUCAGUCCCAACAUGUUUACUAACCAACACUGUAAAUCAGAUACAUCUACAACUACAAUAUCUGCUCCUUCUAGCUCUUUGAACUUUCCUUUUGCAACUAUGGCGCCUUGCAAAGCCAAAUCCACCUCAAGCAGUCACAUUAAUGUAACAACAUCCUCAAAACUGACACAGAAAAUCACUGCUAUCCCUGACAUCACUGAUGCUAAACCUACAGCUUCUACUCUUCUAACUCCGAGGACCACCACCGUUGACUCUGGUGUCUUAAUAUGUUCUGACACUGAUCUAAAAACCACUGCCUCAGACACAACUGCCCCUAACAUAUCAACUGCCUCCGAGGCUAAUCAUUCUAGCAUGCUUUCUAAAACGGAUGGUGUUGCCCCGGCAUAUCAUGGACUUGUAUUUGCUGCAUCCUGCACUCAACCUGCUCAUUGCUCUCCUGAGAGAUCCAACAAGUCAGCCAGAAUGUCCACUACUGCUCUUGAAAAGACCAAGACUGCAAGACCCAAACCAGAAGCUCCAGCUGAGGUUUGCUCUGUUGAGGUCCUCAAAACAGUGGGUCAGAGCAGCCUCAUGAUUGGCUGGGAGAGGCCGCCACUCGACGAGCUGGGCUGCAGUAAUGGCACAUUUGUGUAUGGAUACAGGGUGUUUGUCGAUGGGGACUUCCACAAAUCGGUCAUGAGCUCAGCGUGCACCAAGUGUAUUCUGGAGAAUGUCGAUCUGAGUGUCCCUGUCCACAUCUCUGUCCAAACACUGGGCUCUAAUGGUCUCAGUUCAAACUUUGUCCACACCAUGUACAGAACUUCAGUCAGAACAGACCACCACUGACUCUGUGUCCUGGCUACAGCAAAGUGCACAGCCAUCUAUAGCUGCAGCCCUCUGAGGGGCCGUCCUAACCUCCACCUCAUCAGACAGCGAGGGAGAUACAACGUCACACUACUGGGAUACCCUCAGGCUCAGGUCAACCAAUC